AUGUUAUCAGAUGAGACAAUAUCAAAUUUUCGUCUUCAUCGUACGACACUUCUUGAAUCUAAUGCAAAACCAUUUGUUGUUCCUACAAAUGGACAGUUACAUGUACCAGUAAUAAAACAUCAACCUCCUGUAGUUUCUGAACGUGCAACAUCAUUACGUACAUCAAAAUCUAUUAUUGAUGCGAAAAAUCGAGCUGUUAGUGAUAGUUGUAUGGCUGCAGCUAUUGGAGAUCUACAAUGGCUUAAACAAAGUUUAAGAGAUGGACCACUUGGUAGUGGUGAAGCUUUUACUAUAGAACAAACUUAUGGAAAAGAUGGUUUAGCUCCCAUUCAUCUUGCUGCUGUACAUGGUCGCCUUAAUUGUUUAUCAUAUCUUAUUGAAAUAGUUCAUAUUGAUAUUGAUCUACCAAGUAUAACAGGUUGGCGUCCAAUUCAUUUAUGUAUAUCAAAAGAAACGGGUUCACGUUCAUUUCAAUGUUUACAAUAUCUUGUUGAAAAAGGUGCACAGAUAAAUAUUACGAAUAAUGAUCAAUUAACACCAUUGCAUCAAGCAGCUUCAGAAGGUCAUGUACAAUGUGUAGAAUUUUUACUUGCACGUAAUGCUGAUGUUUAUGCUGAAGAUAGUCGUAAACAAUCACCUCUUGAUCUUGCUAAAUUAUGGGGACAUAAAAGAUGUGCAAAAUUACUUGCAGCUGCGAUGUGGCAUCAAAAUAAACAUUUAUCAGAAAAAGAACGUCUUUUAACACGUAAUUCAAAAAUGGCUGAUAUUUUACUUGAAAUCAAACAAGAACAUGCGAAUUUAUUUGAAGAAAAAGGCGAAGAAAAGUUUGAUCAAUGGUUAGUUAAUGCCGGUACUGGAUCUGGAGCACUUAAUAAGACAUCGAAAGAUAGUAAUCCUACAGGUCAACAAAAACAAUCUGAAAAUCAAAAAACACUUCCGGAAAUUUCUUCUGAAAAUGUGAAUAAUCAAAAAUCAUCAUUAGAUAAACGUUUUAUACCAAAACGUACUCGACCGCCAACUUAUGUAAAUAAUACGAAAUGGAAUGUUUCAACUCAUGCUAAACCAAAUCCAUAUAUAACUGAUUUAGUUGAUGCUUAUCCACGUGAUCCAUUUACUAAAAUGCCACCUAAACAAGAUGCAGCAGCUGUCUAUCAAUUACUUCAAAGUAUGACAUUAACUGAUGUAAAGAAAUUUCUUGAACGUAGACAAGGACAAAUAACUGAACCAACAAUUUCUGAUGAACCACAAAAAAAACAACGACCUGUUGUUUAUGCUCCAUGUCAUGUACAUGAUAUACAAACAUUACAUAAACCAAGAAAAGGUGAUGAAUCUUAUCAACCAUUACGUUAUUUCGAUGAAGCUGGUUUACAUAUGACAAAUAAUGUACGAAAAAAUGUUUUCUAUAAUCAAUUAUCUGAAGCAUUGAACGAAGGAGAGAAUACUUUUCUAUCACGACAUCAAGCAACAGAGGAUAGAACUAAAUGGGCCUUAUUUGAACAGUAUGGUUCAGAACUUAUUGAUUUUUUAACUGAUCAUCGUGGUCGUUUCAAACGACAAUAUGAAAAAGUUUUUAUAACUUAG